AUGCCUUUUUCCUCCUCCUCUUCCUCCUCUUCCCCGCCCGAAGCGUCCACCACCCCGCUCGCCGACUACUUCUGGAUUGCCGGUGUCGAUGGAACAGAGGUCUUGGAAACCUAUCGCAAAUUAGGGGAUGAGUACCGUGCCAACAAUGCCACUUCACCGGGCCCCGCCGUUACAGAUACCAUCGAGGAAGAUGCCGAUGCCGAGGAGGAUUCCCACCUGGACAGUCUCUCCCGUCCCAUCUCCAUGGCGGGAAACCGUACCUCUUUCCAGCGCUUCUCCAUGCGCUCGGUCGAUCCCGAACCCAACGAGAAUGGCACCCACAGCAACCGCAGCAGUAUGACAAUCAAGGGUGCCCCUUCUCCCCGGGGCUCCUCCUUUCUCGAAGACUUCGACUUUGAUAAAGCGCUGUUCAAGUUCGCGUCGGAGAGGGAGUCGUUUCUGUCGGAUCUCAAUGUCAGCGCGGGCGCAAUCACCCCCUCGACUCGUCCCAGAUCCAGAUUACGCACUCAGAAGAUCGUCUCCGAGGAGACCCCACAGCCUGCGGGCCUGCUCCGGUCUAGCAUAGGUAGUGUGCGGCGACACAUGGCAUUCCGCGAUAUGAACAGUAUGAAGAGGCAACCGUCGAUUGCUCGUCAAGCAUCUAUCCGUACCUCACGACGUCUGAGUAACUACAACUCCGUGAUACCUGUCCCGCAACCGCUCGAAAUCUCCCCCACCAUGCACCCCCUAAAGCGGAGGUUCGAGCCCGUCCUGCUCGACCGGUAUCCGACAAAAGGCAUGUCCGACGAACUGAAGCUGCGAGGAAAUUUCCCGGACUAUGUCCCCAUGUUUGCUUUUCCGAACGACAUCAACAUAGUCUCGUCGGACCAAAGGCCGCGAUCCACUUGGCACGGCUUCGUUAUGACUACUGAUAACGGCUCACGCUUGCACGCCAUCUGUCUCAUCAUCUGGAUCCCACUCAACCAGCGAGCGGCCGAAGAACUUGAGAAGCGUUGCGAGGAGUGGCGGAAAGACAAUAUGACCGAUGAAGAGAGGGAGUUGGCGGCAAGUCUGGGUGAGAGGCUGGCAAGUGAGCGAGCUAAACUCUCUAGGCUUCUCGCUCAGUUACCCACCGUUCCUUCAGGGUCAGAGUCGCGAGAGCAGUUGGAAGAUGAGAUCAGUGCCGUAGAAGAGAAGAUCACCUUGAUGACUGAUCUCUUGCGGCCAGUCCGUCACGGUGCAGCAUCCAAGAUCGAGGGUUUGACAGAUGGGGAUACUGGAUUCUGGAUUCCCCGCGCCUACGGUAUCCUGGGACGAGAGGAAAACAUGACCAGCUUUUGGAAGGAAUGGCUGAAGGCUGUUGUUGUUCCAAUGACGGACGGCAGCCUCCAGCGGAUUCCCCCAAGCUCCCCGCGCAUGGGCAUCUGGCAACCCCUGGAGCGAUAUGUGAUGAACCUGUGUACUGAGGCAUUCAGUCCCAACUCGUCCAAGACACAGGUGGAGCUUGCGGUGCGUGAGUUGCGUCUUUUUGCUCGCAAGGAGGCUGCCAAUGAGCUGCCGGGCUCUCGGAACACCGACCUGUAUGCGCUCUUCCGGGCCCUGUCGUUACAGAACAUCAUGAUCUUGUUCGAGUACGCUCUCACGGAGUCGCGCAUUAUCCUCUUGUCAUCCCACACAUCGAUGCUGUACCUGGCGACUAAGGCCAUCGUUGACCUGUUGUUCCCACUGCAGUGGGCCGGUGUGCUUAUUCCCAUCCUGCCCGCACGACUCAUCCAGGCUCUGGAAGCCCCUUGUCCCUACAUUGUAGGUAUUGAGCGUCGUUAUGAGAAGGUCGAGCUUCCGUCAGAUGACUUUGUGUUGGUCGACCUGGAUGCCGACCUUAUCGAAAGCACUGUUCAACCAACCCCUCUCCCUCGUCAUCAGCGCAGAAAGCUACUUUCCUUGCUCCAGCUGGCUGCUCCUCAUCACAGUCGGUGCGGAGUACCCACUGGGCCACCGGCAUAUGCCGUGGAAACAUACCCCUUCGAUUCAUUCAUGUCGGAGAAUUCCUCUAUUUUCUCGUCCAAGGCUCAGUCUACCCAGUUGGCGAAGUACGUCAGUCUCAACUCGAGCGCUUUCGGAGCCACUUCUGUAACCCCAAAUACCCAGCCCCCACUCAUCUUCAACGCCUACCUGCAUGCUCGCUAUGAGCAGGCUGCUUCAAGGGGGUAUUCGUCCAAGGGCCUAGACCGACCGGGAACUGGCUCCACGCAUAAGACCGGCUCCCCGCCGUCUCCCAGAGACAUCUCGCCCACGUCCGGCCAUUUCCCGUCGGUCUCCGGCUCCCGUGCUGAUUCCGGUACGACAUUGCAGGCAUCGCUGCGCGAGAAACGUUCCGGCCACUUUGAUGCAGCAUCUCGGCGUAGCUCCUCAUUCGGGAUGGACAUGCGUACCGGUGUUCCGCGCCGGCCCAGUGCUCCCUUCCUCGGCCACGCACCCAAUCUGUCUGUAACUACGUUGAACACCGACUAUAACCCGGGUUCCACCUACGCACCUUCGGUGUAUGCACAGUCCACAGUCGCUGCGUCGACGAUAGUGCCCCAGGCCUCCGCGCAGCCCAUUCACAACGCAGAGGGUACCUGCUGGGUGGAGGGACAUUGCUUGCAAGUGCAGCCGUGGGACGACAAGGCCACCUGUGCAAUUUGCGAUGACCAGGCAGAAGAAAACAUGUACAAGUGUACCGCCUGUAAGACAGUGGUGCACAACCGGUGCGCCCUCCAGAUAUGUCUUGUGUGUCCGGCCGCCUUCCACCCCGAGCAAGUUCGCGCUGCGUUUGUCCGAUGCUUUGCCAGCCUGUUCUACACAUACAAGAAGUUCCUUCAGCCCGCCACUGGUGACAAAAAGAAAGCUGGGUUGACAUACAACUUCAACAUGGAAGCCUUCAUGAAGAGCUUGCCCGGGGAGCAUGCGGAAUAUAUUGCUGUCCUGCAACAGACACAAGGCUUUAACGAGUUCAUCAGCGAACGGGAGAGAGCGAAUCCCAAGUCGCGAGACCCUCGGAUGACCCUAUUUGAUGAGAUCAUUCUGUCCAAGCGCAAUCGGGGCCGAUCCUCUAUUUUCUCCGGUCGUAGUAUGACCGAUUUCCUAUCUGACACGUCAAACCACCUCUGGAGAACCGCGAGCGCCACAUCCUUUGGAGGGGGUAGUAGGAGCCAGAACACCAUGUCCGGGGACUAUAGCCGGCUAGUCUCACGAGCACCGGCGAAGCUCGAUAACAGUCUGAUGAAGGAACCCCGCAUGAUCCAUGGGGCGCCUCGGGUCUCGAAGACGGCAAAUACUGCACGCAGAAAGCCGCUUCCCAAGCUCAUGAAUGGGCUUGCCAUAUCACCCCCUUAA